AAAAUGCUGCUUAUUUGUCUUGACGGUCGCAGGUGAUCUGGAGAAGAGGAAUGAAACCUCUACAAAAUAUGGCAGCUAUGAGGCAUUUUUUGAUCGUGUUUGCUCAAGAACACAUUGAUUUUAGAAUAAGCGAAAUCAAGUCUCUUGUGAAUCACCUUGGAAUCCAAGCUGAUCUGACAAGUCGCAAAUAUGAAGACAAAAGCCCUUUUCUCGAGAUUGGUCUCCCAUCGUCAGACUGCAUGCAGAAGCUGAUGAACCGAAGCGUUUUAGCCAAGUCAGCAAUAGAAGUAUGGGCCCAGGGUUCUACAUAUAGCGAGGUUUGUGCAGGAUUAGAUGCCUUCUCUCAGGAGGAGAUGGAGAAAUACUGCAAGGAAGACAUCUCAUUCUGCUUCAAGGUUCACACAUUUGGAAAGCAACUCGCUAAUACUGAUAAGCUAGAUGUAAUGAAGAGGUUGGAGGGGCAUCUGCCUUUGAAAGGACCAGUUAAGUUGAGAGACCCUGAUCAAGUUUUCUAUAUCUUUGAAGAUUAUGGUGUCCAGCCAAACCAGGCCCCUGAUCAACCACAUCGCAUUUUUGUUGGACGAUGGAUAUCUGAUGGUCAGAAGCGGUUGGCCCAUCAUUACUCUGUAAAGACACGUCAUUUCAUUGGUAACACCAGUAUGGAUGCUCUACUCUCAUUACUCAUGGCUAAUCAGGCUGGUGUACAUGAUGGUGAUUUUAUAUUUGAUCCAUUUGUUGGAACAGGUAGUCUUCUUGUCGCAGCAGCUCACUUUGGUGGUUAUGUAGCAGGUUGUGAUAUCAGUUAUAACAUCAUCCACGGAAGAGGAAAAUCUAGCAGGGCUCAAUCCAAGACUAAAUAUAGAGGUAGAGAUGAGAACAUAAGUGCCAACUUGGAGCAGUAUGGCCUUGGCCAUCGCUAUGUAGAUGUACUCAUAUCAGACUUCUCAAAGAACAUAUGGAGGGAGCAGCCUCUGUUUGAUGCUAUCAUUACUGAUCCCCCUUAUGGUAUACGAGAGAAGACUAGAAAAGUAGGAGGAGAUAAAGAUCAAGGUGAACGUGAUGAUCAAUGCUCUUACCAUGUACCAGCAACACAAAGCUACUUUCUGUCAGACAUAUUCACAGAUCUUCUUAAUUUCUCAGCUCAUUAUCUCAGGCUGCAUGGAAGGCUAGUAUAUUGGUUGCCAAUUUACAGACCAGAAUACUCAGAAGAUCAGAUACCUCACCAUCCAUGUCUAGAGAUUGUUUCGAAUGAUGAACAAAUGCUCAACAGUACUCUGAGUAGAAGGCUUAUCACUAUGGAGAAAAUGCAUCAUGUCAGUGAUGCCUCGACUUCCAUGGCCACAAUAUCUGACAACAAGUACGGUGAACACAAUGCAAUACGAGACAAGUUCUUUAUUCAAAACAAUACCAAGAGACUGAAGAGUGAUGACAGUGUUAGCCCAGAGAGGGCAGCAGACACAGUAUCAAAAGAAAAGGUCGAGUGUGGAUCAUCACCAAGGUGACACCAUGAUACAUGAAGAACAAGAUAUUAGCCGGCAUAGGUGAGAUAAUGAAGACCCAGACUGGUAUGACGAAGGCUUAUCACCUCUUUCAUUUCUACCAAACUGAAAUUCAUCUUCCAGUCAAGGAGAAUGUUGGAAGUCAACAGACUUGGGAUGCUGCCCAUCAUGAAUGGUCAAAGGCAUUGAUAUUAGGCACUGUGCAUAUCACAUUGGAACAGCAUCUCUAAUUGCCUUACAGAUAUGUUGUCAUCCUGGCCGUUGGAUUCUUGCUUGCUUGCAUACAGUGUAUACUAACGCUUAUAUGGGGACUACCCAAACAAUUAGUAGUCAAAAUACAUGACACAACAGCAUGCCAUACUGCAUGGAAGCAAGUAUGUCGUUUUUAGCUUGAACCUGAAGCAGGCCAAGGUAAAUCAUUUUAGGUCCUUGUUUCACUACUGAUACAACCAAUUUUUCAGUGGCAAAUUAUGCAUAUGGAGUUUAAAAACCAGUCAUUGAUAUAGAGUGAUCUCUGGAAUCAUAAUCUCUAAUAUGUUCAAGCAACUUUUAGCAUUUUCUGUUGAGUUGUCAUACAAAACAAUACUUAUUUACCUCUGUGAUUUAACCUAAAUGGGCAUGGUUUUGAUGUCCAGUUUCACUUAAGCCAUGGUCCAACCAAGGGUUAUAAUUGGUUUUCCAAGCCAAAUUUGCCCAAACUUUGUUGGUUAUGUUUCUUAUGUUUACUAUGUUCUUUCCCUAUUCUCAGGCAGUUAUGAAGACUUGAAAUUCAAUGUGACCUUUUACUGUUUGUGUCAGAAGUGGCUAUUCAGAAACCAGAUUUAUGAUGAAACCCUAGGUCAGGGGCUGAUCCAGGAUUUUCAAAGGGGGGGGGCAUAUUUUCCCCGAGGAAAAAUUUGACAAGCAAAAAUGCAAAAACAAGGUCUUCACUAUCAAAAGGGGAGGGCACACUUCUGAUUUUACGGCAUAUUUAAAUUACAAAUUUCAAUUGUGCCUCUCAAAGGGAGGGGGGGGGGGGCACAGGCCGGCUGUGCCCCCCCCCCUGGAUCUGCCAGUGCCCUAGGUCAUAAUAUGUGUCAAUGUACAAACCAUGGUUCGCGUGUAUGGUACAUGUAUGUAUAAUUGUUGAGUGCAAUCUUAAUGCUACAGUAAUGGACAC